GCGCGCAGGCCAGAAGCAAGGAGGCGAGACAGAAAUGGCGGCGACGGCGGGGGAAGCAGCGUGAUAUGAUGGAGCAAUAAAACAACCUAAAAAUACAAAUGUCAGUCCAUUGUCGAGAAAAUGAAAAAGAUGUCGAAUUAGGCCGUAUUUUGUAAUAAUUAUUACAAAAAAAACUAACACCUUCCCCGGAGAACGUCCAUCUUCUGAUUGGAAAAGAGAAUCUCACAGGGAGCAUGGCUUCUCAGAGUAACGUUAACCAGUACAUCUUCGGGGAGUUCAGCCCUGAUGAGAUCAAUCAGUUCUUCGUGACUCCACGAUGUUAUGUUGAGCUUCCCCCCUUCAAUGACAAAGUCUCCUGCGUCAGCCAGUCUUCAGGAAGUUACUGCACUCCUGCUGUGCCUUACAUUGCGGAGUCUAUGAGACGGCAGGUUUGCGGCGAAGACUACCAGCGCAUAGAGUUUGGUGUGGAUGAGGUGAUGGACUUGGAGCCUGUGGGAGUGAAGGAUCCUCUCUUCAAGGUGUCCAGCACUCUGAACCCCCAGGCUCCAGAGUUCAUCCUGGGAUGCCAGCCGUCUCAGAAGGUCCCGCAGACAGCCACAGCCCUCUCUCCGGCAGCAGACAUCCCAGACGGAGCACAAUACAACUCACUGGACGAACCCGACGGCCCGGACGGACCUGAUGGCCCAGACUCUGAGCCCUCCGCCAUGGACGGCAACCAGAACUGCCAGGAUGGGGACGGGGGCCCGGGCAGCCUGGGCCAGCGGGAGAGGAAGAAAAAGAAAAAGCGCCCGCCAGGAUACUACAACUACUUGGAGGGCUCAGGUCCCAAUAGCGGUGGCAUGGGAGUGGACGGGCCUCCUGGAAAGGGGUUGGUGAAUGGACAUGUUCUUAGCGGCCCUCACCUCGGGUCGCAGGACAUGGUUGGUAAGGCGUUGUCAGGGGGCGGACUUUCCACCUCAGCCCCUGUCGCUACGGCAGCAGCGAAUCAGAGGACUUGUGAUAGCCCUGAUGAAUCGUCUUUGGACUUCACGAGUGGAGCUGCCUCUUUAUCAGAUGGUAAAGACGCAGCCUCCUCCUCCUCUUCUUCCUCCUCCUCUCAGAGCAGUGGGGUGGCAGAGGGAGGCAGAACUGCAGAGCAGCAGCCUGAGAACAUGGCUCCAGAGAGCCCUGAACUGCUGGGCAGCGGUGGGCACAGCCCCUGCCCCACCUCCCCUCCUCCCCCCUCGGUUGCUGUGGCCAGCCCCCCUGCCACCAUUGCUACUACUACUGAAGAAGAGGAGGAGACUAGGGACAGUGGGGUGGCUAAUGGGCUGGCUGAGCCCCAUGCUGGCAUCAGUGCAGACAGACACAAGGAGGCCUCUGAGACGUUGGAGCUGCCCCAGCAGCAGUCCCCAGCUCCCUCAGUGGAGCCUGCUUCCGCCCCAGACUCUGAGGCCCAGCCGGCGGUGGCAGAGCAGCCUAAGUCGCCUGCCCCUCCGGCUGCGCCCGCUGCCAACCCCCUCAAAUCCUGGGCUAGCCUCUUCCACAACUCCAAGCCUCUGCCUGGAAGCCCUCAGGCCUAUGUGGAGGUGAAGAAUGUGGUGGAGGUCGUGUCUCCCUCCCUGGCUGCUGUGGAGCAGCAUGAGAAGGCUGGGGAGGUGAAGGAAAACCCUGUCCAUGUAUCAGAGGAUCCCAUGGCCCCUAAACUUGCAGAACUAAUUGAGAAUGUGAAGUUGAUACACAAACCAGUGUCUUUGCAACCAAGAGGACUGAUCAACAGGGGAAACUGGUGCUAUAUCAACGCUACAUUGCAGGCCCUGAUUGCUUGCCCCCCCAUGUAUCACCUGUUUAAGUCCAUUCCCCUGUUCAAUGACACCCAGAGACCCUGUACUUCCACACCCAUGAUGGACAACUUUGUAAGGCUUGUCAAUGAGUUCAACAAUAUGCCUGUGCCAUCCAAAGCCAAGCAUCAAGCUGCUGGUGAAAAGAUAAUAAAAGACAUUCGACCAGGUGCUCCUUUUGAACCCAACUACAUCUACAGACUCCUCACCCUCAUCAAGUCGAGUCUCUCGGAGAAGGGUCGACAGGAGGAUGCGGAGGAGUACCUGGGUUUCACCCUCAACGGACUGCACGAGGAGAUGCUGGCUUUGAAAAAGCUAAUCUCCCCUCAGGAAGAGAAAGCCCCCACACCCAACGGCCCAGAGUCUCAGUCAGGUGUGGAUGAUGCUGCUGCUGAUAAGGAGGAGGGGAGCGAGGACGAAUGGGAGCAAGUGGGCCCCCGAAACAAGACCUCCAUUACCCGUCAAGCUGACUUUGUCCGCACCCCUAUCACUGACAUAUUCGGAGGGCACAUCCGGUCGGUGGUGUACCAGCAGAACUCUAAGGAGUCAGCCACCCUGCAGCCCUUCUUCACCCUGCAGCUGGACAUCCAGUCAGAGAAGAUCCGCACCGUUCAGGAGGCCCUGGAGACCCUGGUGGCACGGGAGUCAGUUCAGGGCUACACCACUAAAACCAAGCAGGAGAUUGAGAUCAGCCGGAGAGUGACCCUAGAGGAGCUCCCUCCAGUGCUGGUGCUCCAUCUCAAGAGAUUUGUGUUUGAGAAGACUGGAGGCUGUCAGAAACUGAUCAAGAACAUUGAUUACCCUGUAGACCUGGAGAUCAGCAAAGAUCUCCUCUCUUCAGGGGUGCGUAGCAAAAUUUUCAAAGGCCAAAGAACCUACAGGCUCUUUGCAGUUGUCUAUCACCAUGGGAACAGCGCUACAGGCGGCCAUUACACCACGGAUGUCUUCCACAUCGGUCUGAACGGCUGGCUGCGCAUUGACGACCAGGCAGUGAAGGUCAUCAACCAGUACCAGGUGGUGAAGCAGACUGCUGAGCGCACUGCCUACCUGCUGUACUACCGUCGCGUCGACCUGCUGUAGACGCCACACACGCGUACAUGCACACGCACACAGAGGAACACUCAUUUUACACAUUCAACUACACAUACACACUCUCACUACAGACAUACACACUCAAGUACACACACACACACACACACACACACACACACACACACACA